AUGGCUCCGCUGCCCGCGUCUCGCGUCACGCCGUCUCGCGCUUUUGGUCGCACCGGAGUCGAUUACGCCGGGCCCUUCUCCGUGCUUACAUCGAAGGGACGGGGGAUCCGGACCACAAAGGGCUACAUCGCUGUCUUCGUGUGCAUGACCACCAAAGCCGUGCAUCUGGAGCUUGUCGGCGACCUUUCCGCGGCCAACUUCUUGGGUGCUCUCACCCGUUUCACCGGUCGUCGAGGCCGACCAUCCGAGCUUUGGAGCGUCAACGCCACCUGCUUCCGUCGAGCUGAUUUGGAGCUCCGCGAGGCGUUGCAGGGCGCAGAAUUUAACUGGGACCUAGUCGCCGGGACUCUUGCCUCCCAGGGGGUUUCCUGGCAGUUCAUUCCUCCUGGUGCGCCACAUUUUGGAGGACUCUGGGAGGCCGCGGUCAAGUCGACCAAGAGCCAUCUACGCCGUGUGCUCGGUUCUCGUCAUCUAACGUAUGAAGAGUUCUCUACGGUUCUCGUUGGAAUUGAGGCCGUGUUGAAUAGCCGCCCGUUGACGCCCUUGUCUGGCGAUCCCUCUGACCUCGAAGUGCUCACGCCUGGACAUUUUCUCAUCGGGGCUUCCGUCGAUUCCAUCGUCGAAGCUACCCCCGUUGCAGAGAAUUUGGACCCGCUCACGCACUGGGAGCUCGUCAAGGCCGUUUGCGCCCAAUUCUGGACGCGCUGGGGCCGUGAGUAUCUAAAUACUCUCCAACAGAGGCCGAAAUGGAGCGCUGUCCGUCGGAACUUCGCGGUGGGGGACCUGGUGGUUCUUCUUGACCGUACGCUGCUACAGUCCAGCGGACGCUGGCCUCUGGGCCGUAUCACCCGCAUACAUCCUGGAUCCGAUGGACUAGUCCGUGCUGCUGCCGUCAAGACGGCCACCGGCGAAUACGUGCGGCCCAUUGUCAAGCUUGCGUGUCUCCCUGUGGCACCUGCGGACUCUAGCCUCCCUGCGACAGACAAUCGAGGGACUCCCCCGGCUUUGGCGGGCGGUGACUAG